AGGAGUUGGCUCGUCCUGGUAUCAUGAGGUUUGCCUCAAACUUCCUCACACUGAAAUCUUUGAUAAAAUCAAAGGCGGCUUUGAGGCGUAUGUUUGUUGGUGAGGAGUGGACUUCCUCAUCCUAUGCUACGACCAUUGCAGGGAUAGAUGUGGUAAAUUGCAUUUUUGAUGAGCCAGGUUUUUGGACCCCCUGUGGAGAAACCGUGCAGGUCACUGAGCCCCUCGUAGUUCUCCUACGAGUUGUUGAUGGGGAGAAGCCCUCUAUGGGCUAUAUAUAUGAGGGUAUGGAUAGGGCCAAGGAGGCCAUUAGGUCCAUAUAUGCAGGAGAUGAGGAUAAGUAUGGCCCCAUUUGGGAGAUUAUUGAUAGGAGAUGGUAGAACCAACUUCACAGGCCCAUCCAUGCAGCAGCCUAUUACCUCAAUCCGGCAUUUCAAUUCCGUGAUGACUUCAAGGCAGAUGAGGAGGUUCUUAGUGGCCUGUAUACAGUGGUUCAAAAGUUGUGUACUGAUGGCACAGCCUCAAGUACAACGCUCCAGCUGGAUAAAUAUAAUAAUCAAGAAGGGGCAAUCUUCUCAAGCAGCAUGUGCAUAGAGGCUCGAACACAAUUGC